AUGUCACUGGAGAUACAUCUCGAGCACGGACAGCAUCACACCUACUAUCCUGGUCAGACAAUCCGUGGCUACGUCAAUUACACGAUAUCUAAACAACGCCGCAUCAAAACUGCAUCGCUCUCUUUCCGUGGCAAAAUCACUACCACCCACGCUGAGUCUCGCCGAGGUCCUUCUGGCAAUACUCAUGGUCCUCGUAUGCGCACAGAAGAAAUUCUACGGCUCUUCGAUUUUAGUGAACAGUUAUUCCAGGGACCAUAUGAUGUUCCACCACAAAAAUUCAAUUGGCCGUUUGAGUUUGAUAUCCCUACUCACGUUGAGAUCAGGAGGGCGAACAGUCGAGGUUCGGGAUUCGUCCACGGUGGUCGGGAUCGACUGCCACCGUCUUUUGAUUUUGAUGCCGCGACAUACAACUAUCAUGCAAGUGCUCGAAUCAAGUACAAACUGGCCGUGUUUGUAGAUAAUGGAGGGUUUUUUCGCAACGACGAGCUCGAAUUGCCUAUAACGAUUAGGCGAGCAGCAAUGGUCCGUCCACCGUCAAUAGUCCAAAACAGACUGAGAGAAUUUCUGCCACCGCCCUGUUGGACAAAUCGAAGUUUCAGGCCCGAAAGUCAUACAUUGAGACAGAAAUUUAAGCAUGUGUUCACCAAUGAUCCAGAACUUCGGACGCCAUGUAUUGCUUUCCAAGCCUUUGUAUCUCUGCCAGUUGCGAUGACAGCUGAACAAGGGUUUCCAGUCGAUUUCUCGAUCAAGCAUAUUCGUAUCACUAAGGACGAUCCAGAAUCGCCAGCUCUCACCCUGGACAGUAUCAGAUUGAGCUUGUGGAGCCACACGCAGCUCAUUACAGCCCGCGCAGGGUCACCAUUGCCUGGUGAUCGAUACGCCGAAGGUGGCGAAUUUGUGGCCGAUCAAGUGUUGUAUUUUGAGCCUGUCAAACUUCCACUGGAUGCGACACCUGUCAAGGUUGCGCAGGACAUUAAAUUGAUGGACUGGAGGGGAGCUGGAUCAGUGCAUUUACUGAGCAGUUUCCUGAUCGUGACAGUGCGCCAUGUUCAUCGUCUCAGGGUGGAGGCUAUUGUUCGGCAUGAGGAAACUAGCCAUCAAUUCCAGAUGAAGGUCGAGGUACCCUGUCGAAUCCUGGAUCCCAGUGCUCGUGAUUUAGGACUUGAUGAACUGCUCUAUCGAUCAGUGGAAGCAGAGUUCGACGGGUUGGAAGCCGUAGAUAUGGAACUGCCUCGCUACGAGGACGAUGUGAGACCUCCUGCCACGUUCUCUGUCGCGGACACUACAUGA